UUUCUCUCUCUUUUCUAUGCACUUUCUCUCUCCAGUCUUUACGCUCACAGCUCACAAGAACGUCUCUCUCUCUCUACAACUCUAUCUCUUUCUCUGACUAGAAACCCCAUCACCGUGUGUGGCUACUUAAAAAGCUUCUGAUCUGCUCUCAUCACAGAGAUUGUACAGAAUCAAAAAGGAAAGCUCCAGAACAUGAAGUUUGUUUUGUGGAUUACAGAUAAUAUCCUCGGCUAAUUUUUUCCUGAAAUUGACUCUUGAGCAGAAAAUUCACUCGAAGAUGAGCCCUCUGAUAUUGAUCGAGCCAUGAAUGAAAAAAUUCAGGAGGUUGUGGAAAUAAUUCAAUAUUGGUUUGAAGGUGGUUAUAUCCAAAGCACUGUUGUUAGGACUUUGUUGUAUCAACAGUUGUCAUGCAACUAAACAACAAGGGCAGCUAUUGAAUUUGAUCUGGGAAAGUACAUUAUACUAGUCUGCCAGCCUUGCUUUAUUGAAGUAGUUGCUAGAUGUACAUGUCUUGUUAGUCUCCACAGGUGAUGAGGGAUCUGGAUCUGUUUAUACCCUGGCUAUAUCGAGAUAUGGUUAGCGACAGACGCCACUAAUGCCAUGUUAAAUGACCAAGGAAGGUUGGCAUUCAAACAGUGGAAGUACGUUUGGAGUAAGCAGCCAUGUAACUAUUUUGCUUAAUAGUCCUUGGGAGGUUCUCCAGUUACUUGAAACUGUUGAUUAACUGUUAUAGUGCUGAAUUCCUAUAAUGGAGGAAUCAAACAAUAACAUGGAAAAUGAGAUUUUGACUGCUAACUAUAGGCCAAGCAUUCUUCAGCGGUUAAUUCCUGCUGCUGUUCCUGUGCUUUUAAUUGCAAUCGGAUAUGUUGACCCAGGAAAGUGGGCCGCUGCUGUUGAGGGAGGAGCCCACUUUGGGGUUGAUUUGGUCGCACCAAUGCUUGUUUUCAAUUUUGCUGCUAUUUUCUGUCAAUACCUGUCAGCUCGCAUCACUGUGGUCACUGGAAAAGAUCUUGCCCAGAUUUGCAGCGAGGAGUAUGACAUGGCCACAUGCAUAUUUUUAGGAGUUCAAACAGAGUUUUCUAUGAUCGCUUUGGACCUUACUAUGAUUUUGGGCACUGCACAUGGGCUUAAUCUAAUAUUUGGUGUGGACCUAUUCACUUGUGUCUUUCUGACUCUUCUUGAUGCUGUCCUAUUUCCACUUUUUGCCACCUUCCUGGAGAAUGGCAAAGCAAGAUUUCUGUGCAUAGGCAUGGCGAGCUUUAUAAUGCUUUCUUAUAUUUUUGGCAUUCUCAUCAGUCAACAAGAGACUCCUCCGAUCUCCAUGAAUGGGAUGCCAACAAAAUUCAGUGGAGAGAGUGCAUUUGCUCUGAUGAGCCUUCUUGGAGCUAGUAUUAUGCCUCACAAUUUUUACCUUCAUUCUUCUCUUGUACAGCAAGAUGUGGGACCACCGAAUGUUUCCAAGAGAGCCGUGUGUCAUGACCAUUUUUUUGCCAUUCUAUGCAUCUUUAGUGGCAUUUUCAUGGUGAAUUAUGUGCUGAUGAACUCUGCGGCAAAUAUAUUCUACAGUACAGGUCUUGUUUUGAUUACAUUUCAGGAUGCAUUGUCGCUAAUGGAUCAGGUACUUAGGAGUCCACUAGCACCCUUUGCCUUAAUACUAGGUCUGUUAUUUUCCAAUCAAAUCAGAGCAUUAACCUGGAAUCUUGGUAGACAAGCAGUCCUGCAUGAUUUCUUCAGGAUUGAUAUUCCCGGUUGGCUUCAUCAUGCCACAAUCAGAAUUAUUGCCAUUGUUCCUGCUCUCUAUUGUGUGUGGAAUUCAGGAGCUGAAGGUAUAUAUCAAUUGUUGAUAUUCAUACAGGUUGUGGUUGCUCUUGUGCUUCCAUCUUCUGUCAUCCCCCUUUUCCGGGUUGCCUCAUCAAGAUCAAUAAUGGGUGCCUACAAAAUUUCUCAGUUUCUGGAGUUCAUGGCCCUGAUCUCAUUUAUUGGAAUGCUGGGCCUAAAUAUUAUAUUUGUGGUAGAGAUGAUAUUUGGAAACAGUGAUUGGGUGGGUAAUUUGAGGUGGAACUUGGGGAGUAGCAUUUCUGUUCCUUAUGUUGUGCUUCUAAUCACUGCUUCUGUUACACUGUGUUUGAUGAUUUGGCUUGCAGCCACUCCAUUAAAAUCUGCAUGUUCCAGAUUAGAUGCUCAGGUAUGGGACUGGGACAUACAAAACGCUGUACCAGAGCCAUAUGCCAAGAAAGACGACACUGAUUUUAUUGAAACUAGAUAUCAUGGAGAUCAAUCCAUACAAAGGCAAGAACCCAGAUUAGCAUUGGGAAAUUCCUUGGACAAUCAUUUGGAUAUGUCAGUUACAAGUGCUGAUUUGAAUUUGCCCGAAACACUCUUGGAUUCUGAUAAUGUGCGGCAUUUGACUACUAUUGAUGAAAGUUGUUCUAAUACUACAUUCCCAGGCCCCUCUGUAUGUCAUCCAGGGGAAUCAGUGACCAAAAUAGAGAUUGUCCCAGUCACUUCUGUUUGUAGUGAGGUUUUUGAUAGUGAAUCACUGGAUACCAGUACCUCGAAAACUGAAUCAACAGAUCUAGUUGAAAAGACUGUGAGAGUAGAGGGGGAUUUACAGAGUGAGAAGGAUGAUGAGGGAGAUACUUGGGAGCCUGAAGAAUCAUCUAAAAGGAUGUCUGGGAGUAGCCCAUCUUUGACAUCUGAGGGUCCUGGAUCAUUUAGGAGUCUCAGUGGGAAAAGUGAUGAUGGAGGGAGUGGGGCUGGGAGUCUUUCAAGAUUAGCGGGAUUAGGCCGUGCUGCUAGACGUCAAUUAGCUGCAAUUCUUGAUGAAUUUUGGGGACAGCUCUAUGAUUUCCAUGGACAAGUAACGCAAGAAGCAAAGGCUAAGAAACUGGAUGUGUUGCUGGGGGUAGAUUCAAAGGUUGAUCCAAAGCCUGCUACUACACUGAAAGUUGACAUGGGUGGGAAGGAACUUACAGGAUAUUAUCCCUCCAUAGGCGGAAGAGGAUCUGAUUCCAUGAUCAGUUCAAAUUUGUAUGACUCUACCAAGCAGCACGGGUUGCAACGUAGUAUAGAGUCAUCUGUUCAAAGGGGGUCAUCUUCAUUGUGGUCCAACCACAUGCAGAUGUUAGAUGCAUAUGUGCAAAAUUCCAGCCGCAAUGCUCUUGACGCUGGUGAGAGGCGCUAUUCUAGUUUGCGCCUGCCACCAUCUUCUGAUGGCUAUGACUACCAGCCAGCCACAGUACAUGGUUAUCAGAUUGCAUCAUAUCUCAAUCGAAUUGCUAAAGAAAAAAGUUCUGAUUACUUGAAUGGUCAAAUGGAGUCAAUGACCCCCAAAUCCCCAUCUUUGGGCACAUCAAAUUAUAAAGGCUCACUUUCUUUUGCUUUGGGGCAAAAACCAGAAAAUGGGAUCAGCGCUUCAAGACCACCAGGUUUUCCAAACCUUGCUGUACCUAGAAAUAGUUCAUUGCAAUCUGAAAGACCAUCUUAUGACAAUUGCUCUUCCAGACCAGCGGAGAAUGUGGGUGGUACAGUUGAUGCGAAGAAGUUCUAUAGCUUGCCAGACAUUGCAGGACUUCUUCCUCACCGCAAUUCACAUUUGUCUGACAAGAAUGCUCGAUGGGACAGUACCAUUGGAUACAGGCCAUCUGUUGGUCAAAAAAUGUAUGAACAAUCCCCAUCUUCAAGCACUUCGUCAUGGGCACAAGCGCCUUCAACAUUUGAUGAACUCUCUUCUUCGAAAGUCUGCAGAGACGCGUUCUCGCUACAGUUCAGUUCAAGGUCAGACACUGGAUCCCUGUGGACUAGACAGCCUUAUGAACAGUUCGGCGUGGCAGAUAAAAUUCAUGCUACUGGGGGUGAAGGAGUUGGAAGCAGGCAAACUUCAAUUAAUCAAGAAACUACGUCUGCUGUGGAUCUGGAAGCGAAGCUUCUUCAGUCUUUCAGGUAUUGUAUUGCGAAGCUUUUGAAACUGGAAGGGUCUGAUUGGUUGUUUAGACAGAAUGAUGGUGCUGAUGAGGAUCUUAUAGAUCGUGUAGCUGCAAGGGAGAGAUUCCUUUAUGAAGCUGAAACUAGGGAGAUGAACCGAGGGGUUCACAUGGGUGAAUUUCAGUAUUCUUCUGAUAGGAAGCCUGGUUUUACACUUAAAAACGAUGACACAGAUAUUACCAAAUUUCUGGUUUCUUCAGUUCCUCAAUGCGGAGAAGGCUGCAUUUGGAGAGGGGACUUGAUAAUAAGCUUUGGGGUGUGGUGCAUUCACCGUGUCCUUGAGCUCUCACUUAUGGAAAGCAGGCCGGAGCUAUGGGGGAAGUAUACUUACGUACUCAAUCGCCUUCAGGGAAUAAUUGAUCUGGCAUUUUCCAAGCCCCGCUGUCCAAUGGCCCCUUGCUUCUGUCUUCAAAUUCCGGUGGCAUACCAACAGCGGUCAAGCCCACCCAUUUCAAAUGAAAGCUUGCCCCCGCCUGUACAACAAGGUAGGGGGAAAUGCACGAAUGCAGUAAUGCUCUUAGAAAUAAUCAAGGAUGUUGAAUUGGCAAUCUCUUGUCGAAAGGGUCGGACUGGCACUGCAGCUGGUGACGUGGCUUUCCCGAAGGGUAAAGAGAAUCUGGUUUCUGUCCUCAAACGCUACAAGCGUCGUUUAUCCAACAAACCGGUUGCCACUCAUGAAGGUGUGUCUGUGUCACGCAAGGCUUCAGCAUCAGCUUCUUAUGGCUUAUAGCUUGUGUGUAAAGUCCACCACAAUUGGGUGGACAACCUCCAAGUACGAUUUUGGAAGCGGCUCAUUGACCACAUUACAUUAUGGGUGUUCGAUUGUUACAUCUCUCACUCUCUCUCUUUCAUGUGUAUUAAGUCUUUGCUGCAUAUUUAAUUUCCUUGUAUGUUAUGUAUACAUAGGAUAAAAUGUACUGGAUAUGUGAUGGCAGCAGAAUGGAAGAAAAUGGGCAAAAGAAAGGUGGAAAAGUAAUUAUUUUGAUUGCCA